UUAAAAUUGAAGAACAAUCAGUCCCAUUUGUUAUUCUAUCACCCAAAGGUAUACAUUAUAAACCACAAUCAGAGAAACAACUAGUUAUGGCAUUGCAUUGUGCAUUGACUGCAGUUGAAGCAUUUCAUGGAUUGAAUAUCAUGCAUAGAGAUAUUCGCUGGGAGAAUCUAAUGAAGUAUACUGAUAAGGACAGAUGGUUUAUAAUUGACUUUGAUGAGGCAUGUGGUUCUCCUUCAAGUGUUCCUUAUAUGCAACUAGAUAGGAGAAGCCAUGCACCUGAAAUUUUUAGUGGGAAUCAUGACAAAAGUGUUGAUAUUUGGUCUAUUGGAUACCUGAUAUUAGAAACUUCUAUAAAAUCAGAACUAUUAACUGAAUAUGCAGAAAGAAGUUUGAUGUUAAAGGAUUCUAAAAAGAGACCAACAGCUAAAGAGGCUUUAGAAUGGCUAU